CGAGCGGCGCUGUAGGAGGGCGGUCCAGAGGGCUAGCGGCGGAGCCGAGCCGAGUGGAACCGAGCCCGGGCGCGGACCGGCACAGACAGGACGGGACGGGACAGGACAGGACGGGAAGAGGAGCUGCCUGUCUCCACGCCCGGCUCGGUGGGUAGCCCACGGCUACGCGCGUUGGGGUCGAAGAGCCAGCCUGCCCCGAGGUGUCUCUGUGUCCCCUAAGACGGCGAAACAAAAUGCCCUUUAACGAUGAGAAGCUCUCGGUGAAUGAUGACCCCCUGAGUGACUCGGACUCCUCGAGGAUAUCGGAGAGUGCGGCUUCCCUCAGUGACUACGAAUGUUCCCGGCAAAGUUUCACGAGCGACUCCUCGAGCAAAUCCAGCUCUCCAGCCUCGACAAGCCCGCCCAGAGUGGUGACGUUUGAUGAAGUGAUGGCUGCCGCGAGGAAUAUCUCCAAUAUGACGCUGGCUCAUGAGAUCGCCGUAAAUGAGAACUUUCACGUCAGACAGGGAGCUCUGCCUGAGAACAGCCUGGCAGGUCGAGUGAAACAUGUCGUUCACCAGGCUUUCUGGGACCACCUGGAGGCGGAACUCAGUGAAGAUCCUCCCGAGUACGAACAUGCCAUCAAACUUUUUGAAGAAAUAAGAGAGACUCUUCUCUCUUUUCUGACUCCUGGUGGAAACCGGCUCCGGACCCAGAUCGGUGAAGUUCUGGAUCCCGACCUUAUCAGGCAGCAAGCUGAGCAUAAUGCCGUGGACAUCCAGGGACUGGCCAGUUAUGUCAUUAGUACCAUGGGCAAGCUGUGUGCUCCUGUCCGGGAUGAUGACAUCAAGGAACUCAAAGCCACUGGCAAUAUUGUGGAGCUCUUGAGACAAAUAUUCCACGUGCUGGACCUCAUGAAGAUGGACAUGGUCAAUUUCACCAUCAAGAGUCUUCGACCCCAUCUUCAGCGCCAGCUGGUAGACUAUGAAAGGACGAAAUUCCAGGAAAUCUUAGAAGAAACGCCCAGUGCCCUGGAUGUCACGAAGGAGUGGAUAAAGGAAUCUGUCAAUGAAGAAUUGUUUUCUCUUUCGGAAAAUGCCUCCUCUCCUGGGGCCGGGAGUAGCUCCAGACCCAGCCUGAGCCCAACCACGGUGCUGAACAACAGUUACUUGAAGCUGCUGCAUUGGGAUUAUCGGAAGAAGGAAUUACCCGAGACACUAAUGACAGAUGGAACCCGUCUUCAGAAACUGACAGAAAGGCUAAAUCAAUUGAAGGUUAUCUCCUGCCUGUCACUAAUCACCAACAAUAUGGUGGGCACUCUGAUAGAAGGCUUGCCUGAGCUCUCAGAUCGACUGAAAAGGAUUUCCACCAUCUUACUUGAAGGAAUGCACAAAGAGACUUUUAACCUCCAGGAGGCCUUGAAUUCCAUAGGCCUCCAGACCUGUGUGGAAGUCAACAAGUCCCUGGCAGAGAGAGACUUAUCCACACUAAGUCCUGAGAUUCAGGCCAAUCUCAUAGGUCAGCUCUCCAGCAUCGCCGAGGGCAACCCUAUCUGCUCCCUGAUUGAUAGACGAAUUCAUCUGUAUAUGAAGAGUGUCCUCAGUCUUCCAAGCCAUCAGAAAUGCAUGCCCCCUAUGCCUGGGGGCCUCACCAUUAUCCAGCCUGAGCUGGAGACUCUGGGCUCUCAGUACGCAAACAUUGUAAACCUCAAUAAACAAGUGUAUGGACCCUUUUAUGCAAAUAUUCUCCGAAAACUCCUCUUCGUUGAGGAAGGAGGCAGAACAGCAGAAAACUGACCCUUCCAGCAACUAGUAGUGAGCUGGCAUUGGAAAGAGGACUGGCCACGUGAGAACAUGGGCGCCCGGUUCUUUCCCUAAAUCCUCAUUAUAAGGACUGUGGCAUAUUCCCUGUAUCCCCGUCUGUCUUUCAGGGUUACCUGAGAUCUGUGUAACUUCUUUCAUGCUAAUUACAGGGCAUAUACCUGUCGCACACCUUGCCCCACACAUUCUCUGUCCCUCUUUGAAAACUUAUUGGAAGGAAACCAUGGUGUUUUUUGUUUUUGUUAUUUUUUAAAGAGAGACUUAUGAAGGACAGGAAACAAUUUCUAAGGGAUUCUAUCACCUGUAUGUGAUGUUUUUGUUAAAGUUUCCUCGAUCCCGUGAUCCUAAUAACUACCCAGAUUCCUAGACCAGGUGUUAUGGCUCCUAACUUGUCCCAUGUGGAAUCUAAUUUUUAUUUUGGCACAACUUUUGAGAGGGUUGUGGGUCAGGAAGUGGUGAGGACAGUCACUAAAGGGAUGCCCAAAUCCCUCUCAUUAGAUGUACUGGCAAAAUAAAGCAAGUCAACACAAUUGUAGCUGAAACAUACAAUUCGAUUUUAUUAUUGCUAGGUAAGAGAAGCUUCUGUAGGCUUUCCCCCUUCCCUGGGAUCUGAGCACUUUCCUGGAAGGGUUUACCUGACAAAUACCAAAUCACUUGUUACGUUGCCAGAUGUCAGUAUUUGUACCCUAUUUGAAAUCUUUGAAAGCCGUGUCAUUUUGACAUCAUCGGAAAAACCACUAGGGUGUAGCUUGUUAGAAACCAAUCACUUCUAAAAAAUUUUAUGCUGGAGGUUGCAUCUUUUCUACGUGCACCAGGGGAAGAAUCUACAAGGAGAUGACCUUCUCCAGGGUUCGAGCUUUGGCCAAGAGGGUCCUUGUAGAUCGCAGCCAAUCAGAUGGAAAAAGUGGAAGACAUGUUGCCUUUUAAAGGUAGCCUUGGAUUACAGGAAAUUAGGUUUGCUUGGGAGAGAAAAAGAAAGAGGAUUGUAUAAUCCCAGGUGAUGAUCUGAGAUGUUGCCAAGCAGCAAACCUUGGGUUUUUUGUUUUGUUUUGUUUUGUUUUUUAAGUGAAUUUUACAUCUGAAAAGAGAAAAAAAAACGUACUUGAGCUUCUGUAUCACUUAACCUUGAUGUCUACUAAUCUACUUUGUGCCUCUUUUAUUUGUAUUGUUAAGCUUUCAGAAUACUUUGAGAAGCUGGGCCCUCAUGGACCUUUGGUUUUUAAAGACAACUGCAUGUUACGGAAUUCUGUUUUGGUCUUCCCCGAGAACCAAGGAAUGCACCAGCAUUAGGAUGGGCCUCCUGGGGGAAUUGAUCCUCUUGUAUAAAACCAUUUCUUAAUGGGUGAUUUUUCUUGGAUUCCAUUGGGCACAGUUAACUUGAUUGAACACAUAAUUUUUUGUACUUAGGGGGUUGUUUGUGUGUGAGAAGGGAGGUCUUCUUUAAUUAUUAUGUUAUUUCCCUCCUUCUCAAGUCUCUAUCCUCCCCACCACCACCACUGCUGCCUCCCUCCCCCCAAAACACCCUCAUCUAUUUGGAGAUAUGACUCCUUUAUGAUUUUGAAAGUUAAAGAAAAUGGCAGAGUAAAUGAGGUAUUUCUGAUCUUUUUAUGCCCAAAUCUGAGCAUAUUGACUUAUUUUCUCCUUGAAUGACCAAUUAAAAAUAUACGCCAUCUACAUGUGGACAGUUGUCUGAAUGGAACUCUAUUCAUGGGCACAGCAAGGUACUGUGCCACCCCCUUUUCCCUGGCACAGCUUCCCUUCAGUAAGGUGCUGAACAGAACUUGGUGUUUCUCGAAUUCUCUGUCCUGUCCUUUGUCCCCACAUUAAGGGCUGAGAGGGGACAGCGCCAGUAAGUCACAUUUUAUCUCUUCCAGUAAGUAAAUAACCAUCCUGUUUAAAACAGGGAGAUAAAAGCAGAGCGUGUUUUUACCAUAAAGUUUGAAUCCAGUUGUGAUUCUUUUAUGCACUUAAUUUAUAUCGCAAGAAAAACAAUUUACAUUUUUAAAAAAAAUUACACUUUUUUUAAAAAAGGGCAUUUUAUUUUUUAAAAGUGGCAAAAUGAAUUUGUGUCUGGAUUUAGGCAACUUGCAAUGACAAAGGUGUCUCAGUCCCCAUCUUCCCGGAUGCUGUUCAUCCGAAGGUUGCUUAAACAUUGGCUUCCAUUUUAGACUUUCUUAACAUGGUCACGUUUUGCUAUGCAAGAUUUAUUAAAUGUAAAACUAAUAUUUUAAUGUAUUGCAUAAAUUCUGUUUUUGAAAAUUUUGGCAAGAACCUGUUCCAUGCAAGCUGGCAAUGUUUAUUUUUUUUUCAGUUAAAUAUUAAAGCAUUGACUUAAAAAAUGA